AUGGCCUCUGGAGUAGAGCGGCCAAUCGAUAGGUCGAGCGAGGAAGAGAAGACUAUCGGCGAGGAGCAUGUUGAAACGGCAAAACAUGUCCACACAAUCGAGAACCUACCUGAUCCCGACGCCGGUCUCAGCGAAGAAGAACGCGCUGCGCAUGACAAAGCCCUCCUCCGCAAACUCGACUUCCGACUAAUUCCAUGGCUCUCCUUCCUCUACUUGAUCUCCUUCCUAGACCGCACGAACAUCGGCAACGCCAAAGUCGAUGGCUUGCAAGAAGAUCUCAACAUGACUGACGGCCAGUACAAUGCCAGUCUGACCAUCUUCUUCGUCAGCUACUCCGUCUUUGAGCCGCUGACCAAUGUGCUGUUGAAGAAGUUACGCCCCAGUAUCUUCUUACCACUUAUCAUGAUUUGGUGGGGGAUUUGUAUGACGUGCAUGGGGUUGGUGCAUAAUUAUGCUGGUCUUAUGACUGCGCGGUGGUGGCUGGGAUGUGCUGAGGCUGGACUGUUUCCUGGAGUAAACUACUACCUGAGUUGCUGGUACAAACGUUCCGAGUUCGGCAUCCGAGCUGCAAUCUUCUUUUCGGCUGCCGCUCUAGCUGGCAGUUUUGGUGGCCUACUCGCCGCUGGAAUUGCGCAGAUGGGAGGCGUAGGCGGAAAGCCAGGCUGGGCGUGGAUCUUCAUCCUUGAAGGUCUCGCCACCAUCCUUGUAGGAAUAGCAAGUUACUGGAUGGUCCACGACUUCCCCGCCGAAGCCACGUUUCUCUCUCCUGACGACCGAGCGCGCGUUCUCCGCCGUCUACGCGCCGAUAAACAGGCCUCAGCUGCGCACGAAGAGUUCCAGACCAAGUACUUUUGGCAAUCUGUCAAGGACUGGAAGACGCUCAUGUUCAGUAUCAUCUACAUGGGCGCAGACGGUUCGCUCUAUGCCUUCAGUCUCUUCCUGCCCACCAUUAUUGCCGGGUUGGGCUAUAAGUCUACAACAGCGAACCUGCUUUCCGUGCCACCGUAUGCAGUUGCAGCUGUGGUGACGGUGGUAGUGGGUUACAUUGCUGAUCGCACGCAACAGAGGGGUUACUGCAAUAUGGGAGUCUCGCUCUUUGGUAUCGUGGGCUUUGCCAUGUUGCUCGGGUCUGCCAGUCCGAAUGUUCAGUACGCAGGCACGUUUUUGGGAGCUGUGGGCAUCUAUCCAACGAUAGCGAAUACCAUAUCCUGGGCCGCCAACAACGUCGAGGGUGUGUACAAGCGUGGCGUCACCCUUGGCUUUGUGAUAGGCUGGGGCAACAUCAAUGGCGUCGUUUCGUCGAACAUCUACCGCAGCAGGGAUAAGCCGCGCUAUUUCCUGGGACAUGGUGUGGUUCUGGCGUAUCUGACGCUGUGGCUGCUUGGCGGGAGCAUUGUGACCCGAUUUCUGCUUGCGUGGGAGAACAAGAAGAGGAGGCAGGGGGCGCGGGACCACUGGAUUGAGGGUAAGAGCGAAAAAGAGAUUGAAGAGAUGGGGGACCAGCGGCCAGAUUUCCUAUAUACUCUUUAA